AUGCCUGAAGCUGGCAAGAAUCCAUGGGAAAGUGUAUCAAUUCAUUUUUGCGGCCCGUUUCCCAGUGGUGAGUACUUACUUGUAUUGAUUGAUGACUACUCACAAUAUCCCGAAGUAGACAUUAUUAGAACAGUAGCCCAUACAACUGUUAUUCCCUGUCUUGACAAAAUCUUUGCUACUCACGGAAUUCCCAGAACGGUUAAAUCGGACAAUGGCGCCCCAUUUAAUAGUACAGAAUUCAAACAGUUUGCUAAUUAUCUUGGUUUCCAACAUCAGCGUAUAACGCCCUAUUGGCCUCAGGAAAACGGAGAAGCCGAACGAUUUAUGAGAACGUUAAAGAAAACAGCUAGAACUGCCAAAGUUGAAGGCAGGUCUUGGAAACAAAACUUGUUUACCUUCCUCAGAAACUACCGAGCUACGCCCCAUAGUGUAACCCACCAAGCUCCUGCAACCUUACUAUCCAAUCGUGCCAUGAAUGUCAAGUUACCCCAGUCACAAACUGUAGCACCAGCUGACCCAAACCAUCAACAAGCACUUGAUGCAUCAUGUAAGUCAAGACAAAAGGACAAGGUCCACUUUGACAAACGAAACAAAGCCAAAUCUUCUGAAUUCAAAGUCGGUGAUGCAGUUCUACUGAGAAACUCAAAGAAAGGUAAAUUGCAGACCUCUUAUGAACAUCAGAAAUACCAAAUUUUUAAGAGAAAAGGAUCGAUGAUUACAGCGUCAAAUGACAAUCGCCAAGUCACUCGGAACUCAUCACAUUUUAAAAAGUUUAAAGAAAAGAAAGGUGAAACAGAUAACCCAGGAGAUAAAGAAGAACAGCCGAGCAAGCAGAACACCAAUGAACGCCCGAAAAGGAAAACAAAACCACCAGCCUACUUUGGCUAUAAACAGUCAGAUAAGUAA